CGAGCAGCGAAAUCCGAUCAUCUAGCAACUUACUGUUCCUGAUCGGAGCAGGAAAUUACGAUGCAUCGGAGGUUGGCCGGGAAGGUGGCCGUCAUCACCGGCGCCGCCAGCGGCAUCGGCAAGGCGUCGGCGACCGAGUUCAUCAACAAUGGCGCGAAGGUGAUACUCGCCGACGUCCAGGACGAUCUCGGCCACGCCGUCGCCGCGGAGCUCGGCCCUGACGCGACGUACACGCGCUGCGACGUCAAGGACGAGGCGCAGGUCGCCGCGGCGGUCGACCUUGCCGUGGCGCGCCACGGGAGGCUCGACGUCUUCUACAGCAACGCCGGCGUCCUCGGGUCCGUCGCGCCGACGCCGCUCGCCUCCCUGGACCUCGGCGAGUUCGACCGCGUCAUGGCGGUCAACGCCCGCGCCGCCGUCGCCGUCGCCAAGCACGCCGCGCGCGCCAUGGUGCCCCGCGGGAGCGGGAGCGUGCUGUUCACGGCGAGCAUGUCGGCAGUGAUGGGCGGCACGGGGCCGACGUCGUACAGCGUCUCGAAGGCGGCGGUGCUCGGCGUGGUGCGCGCCGUGGCCGGGGAGCUGGCGCGCCACGGCGUGCGGGUGAACGCCAUCUCGCCGUGCGGCGUCGCCACGCCGAUGGCCACGAGGCUGGCCGAAGAGGCCAGCCCCGGGGUGAGCCUGGAGGAGCUCAAGCGCGCCAUGGCGGCUUCCAUGGAGCAGGUGGACGCUGGCCCGCUGAUCGACCCGGAGGACGUGGCGAGGGCGGCCGUCUUCCUGGCGUCCGACGAGGCCAGGUACGUGAACGGCCAUAACCUCGUCGUCGACUGCGGCUUCACGGUGGGCAAGCUCUUCAAAAUGCCCCAAAACUAGAGAAUUUGUUCAAAGCGGUGUGACAGUGUUCUUACCCAUACUGGCCUAGCAAACCAGCGUGGUUAAACAGCGUAGCUUUGAAAAUAAGUUUUACGAUAAUUUGUCUUGAAAAAUAAAUAAUGUAAGUUGGAAGAAAUAAGAAAAAGUCGAGAAUAUACGCUCACUCAUC